AGAGAAGAGAAGAUGAAGAAGACGAGCUCAGCGUUGCUGUGAGACACGUGUGGAGAUCCGAGCUUUACUUCAGGCAUGGAGGCAUCGAAUCCUCAAAACAUGAUGGAGAUGGACCGAGUCCAAUUUCGAAACUUGGAUAUGAUCAGCCACCUUCCACCAAAUGUCAUUGAUGUCAUUCUCAUGUGCUUGCCUUUGAGAGAUGCUGUGAGGACAAGCAUCUUGUCGCGUAGUUGGAGGUACAAGUGGGCCACAAUUCCACAUCUGACAUUUGACAAGCGAAGUGUACCAUCUUCAGUCGAUGAUUAUUCAGAUUUUGAUGAGCUCGAGCUUGUGAACUCUAAGCUCGUGAAUGCUAUUGAUCAAGUUCUCUUAUUACAUAGAGGUCCAGUUCAUGAGUUCAAGUGCCAAAAUUACCUAGAAAGCUGCCCCGCCAUUGAUAGAUGGAUACUUCUCCUAUCAGGUCAUGGUGUGAAGAGUUUCAUGCUCAAUCUUUUGCCGGGCGAGCACUAUAAGGUGCCUUCUUGUCUAUUCCUCUACAAAAACCUUAUUCAACUGAAGCUAUCCCAUUGCAUUUUCAAACCGCCUAGCAAGUUCGAAGGCUUUCAUAGUCUCAAGACCCUACAUCUUCAAAACGUUACCAUUGACAACUCAUUCGAAGACUUGAUUUCGAAAUUCCCUUUUCUCGUGGCGUUGACACUGAGGGAGUUUGACGGUCUCAACCGUCUUAAAAUUCAAGGCCCCAAGCUCCUGUUCUUUGAUAUCAGUGGUAAAUUAAAAUAUCUCUGUUUCGAAAAUAUCCCACUUGUAGCAACUGCACGCAUUCAAAUGACCUUACCAAAUGAUUACAAGAAAAGCAAGGAUUCCAAUAUGAUCAAGGUUCUUGGAUGUCUACAUCGCGUAAAGCGGCUCUCUCUUCAAGGUUUUCUUCUACAGUUUUUAGCUGUAGGUUAUGUACCAAAGAGACUUCCAACUACGUAUAAUCGUCUAAAGAGUCUGACGCUGACCAUAAAUUUCCUAAAUCUGGAUGAUUUACUGGUGGCUCUCUGCUUAUGUAGAAGCUCUCCUAACUUGCACGAUCUCUGGAUCAUGGCCCACUCGAUGAGUGCUACUAGAACGCCCGACGAGAAGUUUUGGGAAGUGCAAGAACAUUUGGAUGGCUUGUUUGCAAACCUCCAGAUUGUGACUGUAACCAACGUCGUUGGCUUUGGGGAACUAGAUUUUGUAGAGUUUGUACUUGCCAAUGCACUGGUGCUUGAGAAGAUGAAUAUUAUGAUUAAGGAAACGAUGGUUCGUGAAAAAGCUGAGAUUUUCCAAAAAUUGAUGGGUUUUCGAAGAGCUUCAUCACAAGCCAGGAUCAUAUUCUUGGGCCUCAACAAAAGUAGGUAGACUGUAUUUCUCCAUCCUUUUUUUUUUUUUUUUUUUUGAGUACCAAUGGGGUGUGUUCGUCCAAUUUCAUUGUGGCCGUUCAUCAGGUGGGUCACGGCUUGAAAUUAACCACAUUUUGUCUAUAUGCAACAUGCAUGUGGCCACCCGGAUGAGUGGACCAGCUGGACACAGUCACUUAGUCUCUCUUUUUUGCGAUGAUGUGUGUUUUGAUAUUUUUGAAGACUUGUGUAAUCCAUCCGUGGGCUCAUCUUAGAUAUUGUACCUUCUUUUCAAGUGUCAUUUAAAAUUGCAGAAGAUCAAGGACAUUCAGUAAGUGGGUCA